AAGAAGUUGAGGAUGGUUUGGAAGUGGGAGGGCUAGGAAACAGGAGAAAGGGGAAGGACUUUGCAAUGAGGGUAGAAGUGAAGUCUUAGGCUGUUUUGGGCUGCUGUAACAGAAUACCUAAGUCUGUGUAAUUUAUGAAGAAUAGAGAUUUACUUCUUUAGUUCCUAGAGGCUGGGAAGUCUGAGUUAAGGGACCUGCAUCUUGUAAGGGCCUUCUUGCGCAUCAUCCCAUGGUGGAAAGUGGAAGAGCAAGAGAGCAUGGGGGAUGGAAAGGGAAGAAGAGAGAAGAACUUGUUCUUUUAUUAAGAACCCAAUCCUGUGAUAAUUGCCUUAAUUCAUUCACUCAUGAUUUAAUCACCUCUUAAAGGUUGCAACCCCUGACAGUGUUGCUUUGAGAAUUAAGUUUCCAACACAUGAACUUUGUGAGACACACUCAACUAUAGCAGGUGGUAAGGUCCAGGUUAGGGUAGACAGAAUGAAAAAAAAAAAAGGUUCUCAGUGACUGUGCAGGUAUUGGAAGUCUGGUUUAGGGUGGGACCAGCCCAGAGACUCAGUGGAUUAAUGUAACAUUCAUGAAAAUGAGAAAGUCUAGUGGACAUGGGUUUCAUUUUUACAAUGUUGAGCUCAAGGUGCUGGCAGCUGAUACUGAUGCCCGAUACUUUCUCCAGCCUCCAAAAUUGAUUCUAGGUAACAGGGUUCUCAAAGCAUUUGAAUCAUCGUCUCUUUGAGAGGAUAAAAGAAUGAUAAAUUCUCCCAAGGAAAUAAAAACUACAAGCACAAUUUCCUGCCAGUGUCCCUGCUAUAGAAUCCCUAACUCACAGGGGCUCCAGGUUCAGAAUGCUGGGUUUAAGGCCUCUUUCCAAGUUGAGAGCUUCUAGACUCCCUGUUGUCCUCCUCCCUGGGACCAUAGCUCUGGGGAGGGCCUGAGGCAGGGCCUGAGCAGAGAAGACCAGCUUCUGUGUAGUCCACCUUCUUCCCCUGAACUCUAGAGCAUGAGUGGUGGAAAGCAUCCCAUCAUGGGGUCUCCCCAACCUUUGCUGAGAGGCUCAUUUUGCACUUCUAACCAGGCUCUUGGAUGAGGGAGGAAGUGUCGCUGUCAGGGACAGUACUGAUGUUCAGAGGCAGUGCAGGGGAGGAGGGAGAUCUGAGAGUCAUUGAAGUCACACCUGAGUCAAACCCUGCUACAAAUUUUUCAGUGACCUUGGGUAAGCUUCCUCACUUUUCUGAGCCUGAAUUUCCUCAUCAGUAGAACUAAGAGAGGUGUUAGGUCCAAUAAUGUCCAAGGUCUCAUCCAUAUUAGUUUUCCAUGAUUCUAUACAUUGUUAUAGAACUACAGCUUGCCUAUAAUGGAUAUAGGGAACAAAGUCCUGAUCACUGGGGAGGAUUAAAAAGAUACCCCUGCUUCUUCAGUGGGCUUUACUACUUUGUGAAAAGAACUUCGUAAGAGUACGUGGUAUGAAGGUAUGAAGAAGGUGCUUCAUUGAGAUUGCUGGAUUUUUACUGAGUUCUGUGGAUACUUAAAUAUAAUUUAAAUGGACCAAAAUGAACUCACAUUAAAAAUUCAGUUUCUCAGUCUCACUAGUCUUGUUUCACAUGUUCAGUGGCCACGUGUGCCAUCACUGCAGAAAGUGCUACUCUGAAUGUCCCAGCUGGGCCCCCUGCCUGUCUGAGGGGGAGAGUAGGUAUUCAGAGUAUUCAAGUGGUAACACCUGAGGACGACUUGGUUCUUUGUAGUUCAUUACGUCUGAGAUGGGAAGGGGCUGGCAUUGUUCAAUUCAUUACAGCCAUGGUGAAGUUCAGAUUCAUUGAAUGACUGCCCAGGCAUGGGGGCAGGUAAGAAGCAAUCCCAGAGAGAGCUUCUAGUGCCUCCUGACUGCCCACACAGGUCUCCAGAACCUUCCCGCCAGAUUCUUGAAGUCAAGUGGACGUCUUUCUUUCUUAACCUCCACUUUUUGGGGGACCAGAGAAGCCUGUUCUCCUGCCCCAGAGAUGCCUGAGUGAGAGGCUCUACCCUGGUCUUUCUUAAAGUCUUAUACUGCCUGUCAGAGCUCCACUGAGGUCUCAGCUGGGAGGGUCUCAAUGCUGGGGACUUCCUAAUAACACAUGGCUGUGCCUCAGACCCCCUUCCCUGCCCCAAAUCAGGGAUGAAGGAGUACAGGCCAUGGUUUUGACAGGGUGCAGUAGACAUUAGCUGAGAGUCUUCAAGGGGAGGGCAUACAUCCCUUGGGGUCCUGGGUUGCAGCUGCCUAUGCAGAACUAGUGAGUCUCCUGGUGAUCUUAGGGCGGGUCAUCUCUGCUCCCUCACCACCCUGCUCUUCUCACAAACACAGCCAUCUCUGGGGCCCAGGGGCAGGAGUGCUGAUUGAAGGUCCCUAGGAAAUCUGGCUGUUACAUCCUUACAAACCACAUCAAUAGCACAUUCCUUGGACUGGCAGGACCAAUGGAGGGCCCUCCAGGAAAGCAGCUGGUUUCUUGUGUAGUCUGCUAAGGCAGGUCUUUGGAAGAGGGAAGCAGGGGAAAGACUGAGCCUCCCUGGACUCUGUCUCCCGACACCAUGGUCAGGACUUAGGCCUGGCAGCCCGUUCUCUUGGCACUUGUUGGGGCAAUCAUGCCUGGCCAGAAAAGAGAUGAACGGUGAGAUAAGGGGCCCAGAGUAGAGUCCUCAUGUGGAGGAGGUCCACCAACAUUUCUAAUGGCAGUUUUUUCUCCAGAGAGAACAAAGAAUUCCGCGUCUGGAGUCCACCAGCUCUUUCGACAGAAGAUCAGAAAGGUGAAGUCUGGAGCAGGACCCUGAAGCUCUCUGUCCUCCAUGCUGCUCACUAGAAAAGGGGCUCUGAACUAUCCUCGAUGUGAAUCAAUCCCAUGAUGCAACAUGCCUCCCCAGCCCCAGCUCUGACAAUGAUGGCCACGCAGAAUGUCCCUCCCCCACCCUACCAGGACAGCCCGCAGAUGACGGCUACUGCCCAGCCACCCUCCAAGGCCCAGGCUGUCCAUAUCUCUGCACCCUCAGCUACGGCCAGCACACCUGUGCCCAGUGCCCCCAUUGACCCUCAGGCCCAGCUGGAGGCUGACAAGCGAGCUGUGUACAGGCACCCUCUUUUCCCGCUCCUGACGCUGCUGUUUGAGAAAUGUGAACAGGCCACCCAGGGCUCUGAGUGCAUCACCUCCGCCAGCUUUGAUGUGGACAUCGAGAACUUUGUCCACCAGCAGGAGCAGGAGCACAAACCCUUCUUCAGCGAUGAUCCAGAACUGGACAAUCUGAUGGUGAAGGCAAUCCAGGUCCUGAGGAUCCACCUGCUGGAGUUGGAGAAAGUCAAUGAACUCUGCAAGGACUUUUGCAACCGUUAUAUCACCUGCCUCAAAACCAAGAUGCACAGUGAUAACCUGCUCAGGAAUGACCUCGGGGGACCCUACUCCCCCAACCAGCCCUCCAUAAACCUUCACUCACAGGACCUCCUGCAGAAUUCCCCCAAUUCCAUGUCUGGAGUCUCCAAUAACCCCCAGGGGAUUGUGGUCCCAGCCUCAGCGCUCCAGCAGGGCAACAUCGCCAUGACAACCGUCAACUCACAAGUCGUGUCAGGUGGAGCCUUAUACCAACCGGUUACCAUGGUAACCUCCCAGGGUCAGGUGGUCACUCAAGCAAUCCCCCAGGGAGCCAUCCAGAUCCAGAACACACAGGUUAACCUUGACCUCACCUCCCUCCUGGACAAUGAGGAUAAGAAGUCCAAGAACAAACGAGGAGUCUUGCCCAAACAUGCCACCAAUAUAAUGCGUUCUUGGCUCUUCCAACAUCUCAUGCACCCCUACCCCACGGAGGAUGAGAAGAGGCAGAUCGCAGCCCAGACAAACCUCACCCUCCUGCAAGUAAACAACUGGUUCAUCAAUGCCCGGAGGCGCAUCCUGCAGCCCAUGCUUGAUGCCAGUAACCCAGACCCUGCCCCCAAAGCCAAGAAGAUCAAGUCUCAGCACCGGCCCACCCAAAGAUUCUGGCCCAACUCCAUUGCUGCGGGAGUGCUACAGCAGCAGGGUGGUGCCCCAGGAACAAACCCUGAUGGUUCCAUCAAUUUGGACAACCUGCAGUCCCUGUCCUCAGACAAUGCCACCAUGGCCAUGCAGCAGGCUAUGAUGGCUGCACAUGAUGACUCAUUGGAUGGGACAGAAGAAGAGGAUGAGGACGAGAUGGAGGAGGAGGAGGAGGAAGAGGAGCUGGAGGAGGAGGCCGAUGAGCUGCAGACAACGAAUGUCAGCGACCUGGGCUUGGAACACAGUGACUCCCUGGAGUAGCCAGGCAGCCCAGAAGCGCUGAUCACCAAGCAGGAAAGGAGUGUUGUCAGGAGGGCUUCAGGGUGGGGGGGCAGGAGGCAUAGGCAGGGAGCACAAAGGAAGUUGGGCCCCAGCUUCCCCACAUCAGUAGCUUGAAGAAAUGCAGAGGAGACACCCUGCUUCUUCCCAACCACCAAGCUUCAAUCAGCACCCCGGCCCCCUUCCCUGGAACCACGGAGGACUCCGUUUGGUGGAGCUGGUGAAGCAGUCUGUGUGGAAAUGGAAAGACAGGAGUGAGAUCUGGACUCACCCAAACACUGAGGACAGAUGGCACCCACGGGUCCCCCACAGAAGGACUUGAGUUCUUUAUAAGCCCCACACUGUGAGAGGGAUCAAUACUGUUUGCAGAGUGGGCCUUUGUCAGGGGACAGACUUGGAAGGGAAGGGAGAGACAAAAGAGGGUUGGGAUCUAUUCCCAAAAGUAUCUCAACUGCUUUGAGAGACAUUCGAAGGCAGGAGGAAGCCCAAAAGCAUAACCAAUGGCUGGAGGAGUGGUAGGGCCUAAGGCAAAACAUCCUGCAGAUCAGAGCGAGACCUGGACACCCUCUGAGGCUCCACCUCAUCCCUCUAGGUCCCUUUCUCUGGAUACAGCAACCAUGGACUUGGGAGAGAGGGGUGGAGCCAGCAGAGCCUCCUUCUCUCUCUCCUGAAAACAAAUUAUCAGCUGGUGGGCUCAACCUAUGAGAGAUUAAGAGGAGCCCCUCUAUCUGGGUUGGCUCCGGGAGCUGAGGAGGUGGCAGAACCUGCACUGGAAGCCAUAUUGAGGUAACUUUGAAGACCACAGCUGUCCCUAGGUGUGUCACAGAACACAGCUCAUGUAACAACAGGACAAUGGUGUCUUACCCUAGAUGUUCCUAUCCUCAGAUGGAGCUCCUCAGACAUUCCAGCCCCUCCAUAGACCUACAGAGAGGGUGGAAUGGAGCCAAAGUGUCUUGGAUUCUUCCUACCUUGCAGUUCCACAAGGCUGUCCUUCUGCUCCUAGGCUGGCACCAUUAGUCUCCAGCCUCCCUGAUUAGUUCUAUCCAUCAGAGAAGGCAGAAGAAACAUUGGAAAGAAGCAUCAGUCCAGUGAGAAGCCAGGGUUUGGAGAAGGUGCUACAUCCCUUUUUCCAUCGAUAUCCAAAAUGGCGGGUUAGUGGGGAAUAGCAUCCAAAAGACUGUGGUGGUGCCUAAUCCCACCCUCCUUGGUAUUCUGCACACCACCAUUGUACACAGCACUGGAGGAACAGGGGCUCCUGGGAAGAGAAGGAUUUCCACUAUCUGCCCUAACACACAUGCUCCCAGCCCAACUUCCAGGCCCUCACAGUUGGCAUCCUCUUCUGUUCCCUCCUAAACCAUGACUGUGAAUGACAGGACUGAUCACACGUGUGUUUUCCAUUGGAUUUAAUUUAAUGGACGUGCAGUUUCAUUUGUAAAUUGUGCAUUAGCCAUCUCCUUCAGUGGCAGGAUGUGAGCGGCUAUCUGGCUCAACUGGAGGGGACCCUCAGGGCCCUCUGGGCUUCCCCUCCCCUACCUGGUUGGGGUGGAGCAAAAGAAUAGUCGCUUUCCUGAGGUCUCCCUGAAAUGAAUGUAUUUCUCCCCCAAAAGAGCUGAUAUUUAAUGUUUUAAUAGGGAUUUUUGAGAAACAAAUAACCUUAUUUAUAAUCUGGGUGAUCCAAUCAUUUUUUACUCCCUUUUGAUGCCAUAGGUAGAGGAAAGUCUAGCUUUUUUGGCGUGAGACUUUUGCAAUGUGCAGUGGGAUAAAAAUACAUUUCCUCUUCUGUUCAUUUUUCUUACACACACACACACACACACACACACACACACACACACUCUUCCACUUACCACUUUGAUAAGCAUCCCACCCCACACAGGCACACCCACACACAGGUGCCCACAUCAUUUCCUCCAGCACCCUCCACCUGCCUAAUGUUAUGCAACCUCCUUCUGAUGUAUCCACCAAACCAGUACUGAAUGUGGCCGAGAAGUUUUCAGUAAAUCUUAUUACCUACCAUAA